AACGUAACUAACAACCAAACAUAUUUCUUUACUUAUUAAUGCGAGCAAUUAGUAUUUCAUAAUGGCUGGUAAAGUUUCAGACAGAAAACCAAAGAAGUUAGCUCAAGCUCAAGAGGAAGAAGCAAUAGAGUUCAGUUUACCGACCAGCCUACCGUGCUCCGAAAUAAACUAUCCCAUUCGAUUACAGAGGAAAUUUAAAGCAAACUGGCAAGAAAUACUAGACGAAGGGGAUAAAUUUAUGAAAGAUAUAGAGGACACGAAAUUAUUAAGUCAACCAGCUAUUAUUAAAGCUCCUUUUAAAGAUACAGCAUGCGAUUUCAUUUCAAAUGAGGUAUUUCCUUAUUUGUUACCUGCUUUGGAGCAAUCACUAUGCAAAGCUGAAGUUUGGAAUGCACUGAAGACACAAACAUGUUUCUACAAUGGUAUCGAUCAUAUAGCUCAGGAGUUAUGGAAAAAUAAUCCCCGCUUUCCUAGCCGGAAGUUUCACGACGAUCACAUAUUCAAUAUGCCGUGGGUUCGAGAAUAUUUAAAAGAAAACCCGCGGCCGCUGUACCCCAAGUCCUGGCUCUGGUCGGAGGACUACGCCGCCACCGUCAUACAGAAGACGGUGCGCCAGUACUUCGUGCAGCGCACUGACGAGGUGCAGGAGAUGAGGAGCUUCUGGAAGAAAUUGAAGUACGAAAAGGAGCAUCCCAGCAUUGAUGAGAACCCAUUCUUGGCUCGUUACUUGGCCAAGCACGCACCGGCGCCAUUUAAUAAGCAAACAACUAAACAGUAGUUCCUUUAGUACUGAACAAUUAUUUCUGUAAAAAUAUUGAUGUUUUUUACUUCAUUCAUGAUUGUUAAAGAGAAAGUGUUAAAGUUUUUAAAUAGUCUAAUUAAACUUCCAUUAUUUUGUAUUUCAAUUUAAAAGUAAGAGGCAAGUCAGCAGGUAAUCUUGCAUUUCUUUUUAUUUUGUGUAAGUAGGUACUUAUUUAUUUUAGUAUUAUGUGCUGAUAAAAUUAUUUUCCUAAGUAUGCAUGUCCCUAUUGUGUGUCUGAGUUGUUUGUGUGUUAUUAGUACUCACACUAAAUAAUAAUGACUUUCAAAUAAUUUUAAGAUUUUUCUCUCAUUAAAUAUAGUUAUACUUUAAAA